AUGAGAAAUCUUAUCUCAUCUGUCAUAGCGAUUUUGGCGGUAAAUGUGCCACUCGUUUUCGGAUGGGGCUAUCGGGCUUCCGACCAGCGGCGGUGGGCAGUACUCCACCCGGCAUGCGGCGGCCGACAGCAGUCGCCUAUUGCGAUCGCCGCCCGCCAAGCGAUACCCAUCUCAAUCCCCGCGAUGGAGCUGGUCGGCUACCAGAACCCGCUGCCGGGGCCCCUGACCAUAAGUAACAACGGACACUCGGUGGCGCUGACGAUCCCGAAGUACUCCUCCGAAGAGGAGAAGAAGGGCUUCCGUCUGCCGUACAUCUUCGGCGGGCCCCUCGACAACGAGUACGAGAUCGAGAGCUUCCACUUCCACUGGGGGGACAAGAACAACCGCGGCUCCGAGCACACCCUCAACGACAUGCGCCUCCCCUUGGAGAUGCACAUCAUCCACAGGAACAAGAAGUACAGGAACCUUGCUGAGGCCCUGCAGCAUCCCGACGGCCUCUGCGUGCUCGCUUUCUUCUAUCAGGUUGUCGAAUUCGACGCUAAACUCCUAACGCCUAUCGUUAAGAAUUUGUCCGCCAUCGAGAACUACAACACUAGCAUGCAGCUGCCGCACACCUUCUCGCUCUCUUCUAUUCUCUCUGGCCUGGACACGGAACGCUUCUACACGUACAAGGGCUCCCUGACCACCCCACCCUGCGCGGAGGCCGUCACAUGGGUCAUCUUCUCCGACUACUUACCGAUCUCCGUGUUCCAGAUGGACAAUUUCCGUGGGCUGCUUUCCAACCUGAAUCUGCCACUUGUUGACAACUUCCGGCAGUUGCAACCGCUAUUUGGUCGGAGAGUUUUCGUUCGAAUUACGUCUAAAAAUCCCAAAUUCAAGAAGACGAAGUUACAUUACUCAAAAUGGGACUGGGUAGGACACAAAAAGGCGGAAAACGACGUUGCAGAAUUCGAUGAC